CGUUGUUGACGAACCACGAAUUGAAAAGUAACGAAUGUUAUCGGUGUUGUGUAAACAAUCGGUUGACAUUCAUUGUACAGGCUGCACGGAAAAUAAACUACAAUUACAUAGGAAAUGUGAACAAACUGUCAAUUUUAAAUGGCUGGGUCGCUUCCACAAGAGGUUGUAACGCACAUACUGCGUUUCCUGAAUGUAUCUGACCGCAAGGAGGCUGCCCUUGUGUGCAAGACUUGGUACGAGGCCUCCCUGGACCCCAUUCUGCAAAAGGAUGUCAUGCUGCACUUUAACGGGGACACCCAGUACGUCCCUUUGUCGUCCAUCAGCCACCGGCGCUUAUCUCACCUGACGCUCAGCCAGCUCGACAAUUCCAUGAACACCAAGCACGUCCUACUGAGGUCAUGUAAACAACUGAGCGACAGUCUGAGGUCGCUUUCGUUUAAAUCUUGCAACAUUACCGAGAGCACCUUCGUAGAGAUUCUCUCCAGCUGUAUCAAUCUUACCAGCAUUGACCUUACGAACUGCAACAGUAUAUUUUUGUCUGGGCGCCUUUUAGAGAGAAACACAGACCUUCAGCUUUUGAGAGAUACUCUGAAAAACGUGAAAGAAUUGAAUUUAUCAUCAAUACGUCAGCUUUCUGACGUCACAUUUAAUAGAAUCGUGACAAUCUGUCAUAACGUGGAGAAAAUUUGGUUAGUUGGCUCCCACAUUGUGUUUAGCAGUGACCAUUACAUUCCAAGAGCUAAAUCCAAACUCGUUAGCAGCGCAGUGCUAACUUUUGAAAAUUUUAUAGAUUUCGUAAGUUUACAGGCGUCGACUUUAACUACAAUAGAUUUAAGUCGAAACCAAAUCAACGAUUACGCUUUGGAAACUCUUGCAAAUGUUCCAAAUCUUCAUUUGCAAGAGUUGCGUUUGGUGGCUUGCAAAGAGAUAGAAGAUAAAGGAAUUGUUGCUUUGAGCCACAAGCAAAAAUCUCUUAAAAUUCUUGACAUCAGGGACUGCCAUGGUGUUGCUGACCCUGGGAUUGGUGCCAUAGCAGCAAAUCUGACCCAGCUCCAGAGCCUUGCUUUGAACCGGUGUCGCAAUGUCACCGCUCACUCCAUUCGGAAGCUCUCGUAUCUAUCACAACUGCAGACCAUUGAAAUGUCCGACUUGUAUCAGGUGACCUCAUUCGGUAUAGAGGCUGGACUGUGCGCAAACGCCAGUAUGCCUUUGACUCAUGUUAAUUUGAGUUGUUGCUCCUUAAUUACGGACGGACUUCUGGAAAAGCUUUGCUCCAUACAUCCAUAUAUUGUGCAUUUGGAUCUGGGUUCUUGCACAAGUCUCACAAAUCAAAGUAUUUUUGAAAUUACUAAAAAUCUAAAGAACAUUCAAUUUCUACGUCUUGCUUGGUGCAAAAAGAUUACGGACCUGGGGGUUCUUGGAUUUGAGCUAAACAUUGAUGAACAGAAGCCUUUAGAGGAAGGUUGUAACAAAAAUUACGAAAGCACAACCAUAUUUCGCAAACCAACUUUAAAAGAAGAGAAAAUGAAAGUGCGAAAGAUGAAAGAAGAAAUCAUAGAAAAAGAACUUCUUAGAUACAAACUAUACAACCUCUCAAAGUUGCGUGAUCUUGAUUUAUCGGUUUGUCUUGGACUGACUGACAUUGGGUUAGUUCAAGUAUUGAAAUUCCAGGAGCUUCGUUACUUGAAUCUAGACAUGAUUCCCAUUACUGAUACCACAGUGCUUGCUCUGUCGGCCGCCAAUCCAAGUCUUGAACACCUCGUGCUAUCGAAAUGUGCGUCUAUCACAGACGAUGCGGUCGAGGCCAUUGCGAGGCGACUCCCGCGCUUGAACAACUUGAACCUUUCCAGUUGUGACAACCUGACCGACAAGAGCAUCCGGUUUCUGCAGAUGUACAGCAAACGGCUUCGGACCCUGGACGUAUCGUUUUGCCGUAAUAUUUCCCCGGAAGCGAUAGAUGAUUUGGAGAGAUCCUGCAAAUCCAUACAGAGUGUUAACCGCCGAUUGACAGGCGGCAAAACGUAUUGAGAAAAUAUUUGGAAGCUAUGUAAUUUAUUUCUAAAUUGCAGUUUUGUUUUUUUUUUUUUGUCUUUGUUAAAAACAGCAACAACAAAAGUGUGGAUAGCGAGUUUUUUCCCACAGUGUAUAAAGCCGAUCAGAAAUAAUUCAAAUCGAAUUUGAUUAUAUGUCGGUAUUUAUCUUGCUCUUUCUUCAGAUUGUUCUUUACGACCAAUUUUUUUUUUGUGAUUUUCUCUUCUCUGACCUUGGAUCAAUACUACAGUCAUCAAUCCGAACAAUUAUUUCCAAAUAUUUAAUGUGUAUCACUUUCUCAGCGAAAUCAUAUUUUAUCAUGUAUAUAUCAUCAACAAAAGUAUGGUUUGAAUACCAGCUGCGGUUAGACACAUUCCAAAGAAGAGAAGCUAUUACAGUAUAUUGUAUACGUAACAGAUAAAUUUUAAGAGCAAUCAAGACUGUUUGGAACCGAAACAAUAUACAAUGUAUAUUAUAUGAUGUUAUAUUGGAAGAACAUUUUUGCAUUAUAUUUGUAUCUCCACAUUUUUGUAUGAUCUUUGCAAGUCUCUGAAUAAGGCAUCUUUGCGAGCCAAUGGUUUCCGAUACACUACGUUCGAAAACAGAAGGAACAUACAUGCAUGUAGUGUAUCGCGGAAACCCUUGGCUAGCGAAGAUGUCGGUAUAGAAAUCUGCACGCCCAUGGACAUUAGAUGUCAUCGCUGAACAUUAAUAUCACCUCGCUAUAUUAAAAAAAAUAAUUCUCCGUUAAUUUAAAUUAAACUUUGCUUUUAUCAAAUAAUAAUGGACCAAGUGAAAAAUCAGACGGAGAAUCAAACCAAUUUUGGGUAUCUGACGAUGUGGAUAUUAUAUACAUGUAAAUGAAAGUAUCAUUUUCCUUUAACCGGAAAUCAAAAUUGAAGUAAUCCAAAAUGUAGAGUCCCAUGAUCAUUACCUUUUUACAUAUUGUGUUUGAUUUACCACUGUCUUUCAUAUAAUUAUGCGUUUGUCUUUAUGAUAUAUUGCAUUAAAAACAUAUACUAUACUUAUACCUGGUGAGAAAUUACUUGAUUUGACCAUGAUUUCUAGGGAUUAUAAAUUACAAAUGAAUUCUUCAUCCAUAUAAGUCAAUCUUCCACAUUGGCAUAACGCUCAUAUUAAUAAUGUUUGUAUUUAUAUGGCAAUUGUUUACAUUGUUACUAAUUUUUACCUCAUAGAAUGUGUUCACUUGUAACAUGACAUGUUUUCUCAUUAUAUUAUACUUUGUUAUGGUUUAUGCUGUGAUAAAUAUCAUUCACUGUUUGUUAAUCAUUGUUUUAAUGUUUCAUAAUCGAUUAAAGAUUAAAUUCAUAUGCAAUAAUA